UCAUUUUCAGUCAUUGAUCAUGCAUCUCGAGGACGGUCCUUCAACGAAACCACCAGAUUUUGAGAACGAAAAAACACAAGAGACAUCAUUGUCGGGAGAAGAGUUUGAAAAUAAUUCCACAUUAGGAACCAUGCGUGAUGCUAAAUCGUGGGCGGCAGCGAACAAGCAGUUUGCCAAUCAACUAGUGAUACAAGUUCCAGUAAAUUCCUUCAAAAAUGGGAAAAAGAUUAAAGGAGUCGGGUCGGCUUUUCGGGAAACUAAACAUUUCUCAAGUACAACUACAAUGCACGGUCCAAAACGAAUAUUUUAUGGGAAAGGAGUCGCGCGUGCCUUUUGGAUGCUUAUCGUCGGACUUGCGUUGGCAAUGCUUUGUUUUCAGAUCUUCAUUCUCCUCCAGAUGUACUUCUCAAAACCAACACUUUCACAAGUUUCAUUUAUUGUCAACGAAGGAGGCAUGGACUUUCCAGCGGUCACAGUGUGCAAUUUCAAUCCAAUCAAAAAAUCAUAUGUUAGAGAAUUGAAUGUAUCUGGAGAUCUUACUGGGGAAACAUUGGAAUAUCUUUUACAAACAAAUAUGGAUGCAAUGUUUCUGUUUAGUAACUUAGAUAGACAUAAUUUAAAAGAAACUCAUGACGAAGCGGAAACAUAUUUCCAAAAUCACACCGACUUCCAAAUUAUCAAAUUUCUACGGACGGCAGGAUACGAUUGUGGGGAAAUGUUCAUGACAUGUUACUUUGGAGGAAGAAGAUUCGAUUGUUGCAAGUACAUGAAGCAAAAAGUGACGUCACUUGGAAAAUGUUGGGAGCUUGAUCUCCGAAACUUGGCGCCCGAAUGGAUGAGAAAACAAAUAUCGCCGGGAAGUGAAGCAGGACUUCAAAUAGUUGUAGACGCUCAAUUAGAAGAGGAAUUAAAAGGAGAAAAUGAUGAUGCAAAAGCUAUCUUCUCAGAUAUCUAUGAAAAUGGAUUUCGUUACUUUAUUCAUCCACCUGGGACCAAUGCUCAACUGACUUCCGAGGGAAUAAGUGUUUCGCCAUCUCGAACUGUAUACUCUGCUAUCAAGACCGUUACUCACAAUCUCCUAAACCGUGGCAACUGGGGAAAUUGUUCAGAAAAUUGGCCUGAAGGGUAUAACACGUUCCUGUCUUACUCUGCAUCUGCCUGUCGAGCAUUGUGCAUUGCACAAUUCUUCAAUGAUACUUGUGGUUGUGCGCCGUUUACCUAUAAUGUUGAUGGAAGAAAGAAGAUCUGUGCUCCAUACGAAUCAAUAACCUGUAUGGAUAAUCAUAUGCUCAAAAAAGUCAACGGAACUGAUUAUCUUGAGCUUCCCGACUGUGAAGAGUGUCAUAUGGAAUGCCAAAGCACAAGCUACACAUCAUACAACUCCUAUGGAGAUGGCUUUAAUCGUGGGUCUCUCGAAUGGCUCAAGAAGAUCAGCAAUAAAUCGGAAACUCAUAUCAAGAACAACGUGGCAGUCAUCAAUAUCUUCUUUUUGGAAAUGUUCUACACAUCGUAUUCUCAGGUUCAAGCCACCUCAUUAACUGAAAUUCUAUCAGACAUUGGUGGUAAUAUGGGAAUGUUUUUGGGAAUGUCAGUGAUCACAAUCACUGAACUUUCUCUAUUCUUUUCGAAAAUUUUCUGGAUUAUGGUCUCGAAGCGAAGAAGGCAGUACAUGUACUCCAAGAAAACUCAUGAAAAAGAAAAAGAGCAUCAAUUGGAUGAAGCGGUUAAGGAGUUUCAAGAGAGAAGAUCCAGAAGAAACUCGAGAGAAAAUAUCUCAGCACUCGGGCACUACAGUAAUCGAAUCACGCCUGUUGAUGAUUUUCAGACUAAGUUCGGAUACAAGAAUGCGUUUUCUGAAGGGAAUAUGUCGAAUUCUAGUUUAGAUAGUGUGAUGGAGCUGAAAUUCGACAUCAACGAGCUGCGUCGUCAACUGAACCAGCCUUCAACUGACGGAAUCGCCCGUAUCCGCCUUCCCCACCAAACGAGUCGACAGAAUUCUACUGAAAACUACUAUUCAUCCUCUCCACCAAUCUUCACAAUUGAGCCAAUGUCUCGAAAACAAUCGAAAACCUCUUUACCAUCAUCCUUGUCUCCUCGUUAAUUAAUUGUAAAUAGCUUUAUGUACCUAUGUAUUAUGUCAGUUGGUAACCAGAUUUAGCUGGUUGCCUUUUAACUUGUUCCCCACACACUUCCAUGAUCAUUUUUUACGGGUUUUCGCUUCAAAACAAUUUCACUUUUUUUCGCCGGAUUCCAAAAAAAUGUUAAAAUCAAGUUGAUUUUUAUUAUUAAAACAAUAAUAAUAAACAUUUUCUUUUCUGAAA